UUCACAUCAACAGGAAUCAAGAUCAAGUUUAAUAUUCAGAGCUACGUCGACAGAAGAAAUAAUUACUCAUUUAAACAACCUAUUGAUUAUUAACUUUGGCCUCAUCAACCAUAGUGAGAAAUAAUGGGUGAUAAUGCGAAGCAGAUCAAAAGGUACAGACGAACAGAUGAAUCUGAUGAUUCGGAAAGCGACAACAAUUACGUACCUUACGUGCCAGUGAAGGAAAGAAAAAAACAGAAACUUUUAAAACUAGGGCAAUUAAAGGAAGUAGAAUCACAAAAAUCAAAAUCCAGCGAAAAUGAAGACGAAGAUGAUGAAUUGUGGAGUAGGAAGAAUAAAGUAUCUUUACUAGACCAACACACUGAGCUGAAGAAAAUAGCUGAGGCUAAGAAAGUCAGUGCUGUAGAGAGGCAAUUGAAAAAGGAAGAGGAGAUAUUAGAAAUAGUAGCUGAGAAAAAAGCCCUUAUGGGUGUUUCAGAGCUUGCUAAAGGGAUACAAUACAACGAUCCUAUUAAAACAAGUUGGAAACCCCCUCGUUAUAUUUUAGACUAUCCUCAAAGUAGACACGACAAGUUGAGAGAAAAAAUGCGAAUUCUUGCUGAAGGUGAGGAUAUACCACCUCCGUUGAAAACAUUUAAGGACAUGAAAUUGCAUAAAAGUAUUAUAAUGGGGCUGAAAGAAAAACACAUUAAGAAACCCACCCCUAUACAAGCUCAAGGAAUUCCCACAGUAUUAUCUGGUAGAGACAUGAUAGGUAUUGCCUAUACUGGUUCUGGAAAAACAUUAGUUUUUGUUCUACCCUUAAUAAUGUUCUGUUUGGAGCAAGAAUAUAAAUUGCCAUUUGUUAAGAACGAAGGGCCUUAUGGCCUAAUUAUAUGCCCUUCUAGAGAAUUGGCCAAACAAACGUUUGAUAUCAUCCAGUAUUUCUGUUCUUUCACACUGAGACAUGGCUUGCCUGAAAUCAGAUGCUGUUUAGCUAUUGGUGGCAUGCCAAUCCAAGAAGCUAUAGAUAUGAUUAAAAAAGGUGUACAUAUAAUGGUUGCUACUCCAGGGAGACUGAUGGAUAUGCUAGAGAAAAAAACCGUUCAUUUGUCUGUUUGUCGAUACUUGUGUAUGGAUGAAGCUGAUCGUAUGAUCGAUAUGGGUUUCGAGGAAGAUGUAAGAACUAUUUUUUCAUACUUCAGGGGACAGAGACAAACGCUGCUCUUUUCUGCAACCAUGCCAAAAAAAAUUCAAAAUUUUGCAAGAUCUGCCCUUGUUAAACCAAUAACUAUAAAUGUUGGUAGGGCUGGGGCAGCAUCUAUCAACGUAAUUCAAGAAGUGGAGUAUGUUAAGCAGGAAGCUAAGAUAAUAUACCUACUGAACUGUCUACAGAAGACAGCACCUCCUGUCUUAAUUUUUGCAGAAAAGAAACAAGAUGUAGAUUUAAUUCACGAGUACCUGCUUUUGAAAGGAGUGGAGGCUGUGGCCAUUCAUGGAGGCAAAGAUCAAGAGGAACGUUCAAGAUCUGUUGAAGCGUUCAGGAGUGGUAAGAAAGAUGUUCUUGUUGCUACCGAUGUGGCUUCCAAAGGAUUGGAUUUCGAAGACAUAAAGCAUGUCAUCAACUACGAUAUGCCAGAUGAUAUUGAGAACUACGUACAUCGUAUAGGAAGAACUGGCCGUUCUGGAAACAGAGGUUUGGCCACCACCUUCAUUAAUAAAUCCACUGAGGAGUCAGUCUUGUUAGAUUUGAAGCAUUUGCUGAUGGAAGCGAAGCAGAAGGUACCAGCUUUUCUACUUGAGCUUUGUUCAGAAAAUGAGAAGUUCCUGGAUCUUGGCGACGAGAGAGGAUGCUCUUAUUGUGGUGGUUUGGGUCAUAGGAUUACAGAUUGUCCCAAGUUGGAAGCCCUGCAGAACAAGCAAGCGUCAAACAUUGGGAAAAGGGAUUAUCUCUCGAAUACUGGGGCAGAUUACUAAAAUUGCUUCACCAUGUUUUCAAAUUUAUUCUUAUUGCUGUACAAUACCUUGUGAUAUAACUGUAAAUAUUCUAGAGAUGUAAAUAAAAGAUUAAAUUAAAA